AUGCUAGCUACAGCAAUAGUCGAAGUUCCGUUAUUGAAUGCUUCUGACAGGAUUGUUCUCACGCCCAAAUCUCGAGUCUUCGUUCUCUCAAGAACUGUCCCGGUUGUCUCAGUCGAAGAUGACACUACCGGCACAUCACUGGAAUCUGUCAAUCCAGCUCGUUCAAAAGCGGAAGAGAUCAUCAACAUCGUCGAAACAUAUGGAUCCCAUGAACGCACAACUGCAGCAGGGGAGUGGCUGGGCCGGGCAUCUUUCACUCCACGGGUGGAAACACAUGUCGCAGCCAACCGGGCAAUUCCAAUGGUCUUACCUGCUUUUCCAAUGAAAAGUAAUAACCGAAUGGACAAAGUGCUUGGUGCACUUCCAGACCUGGGUGAAGAACUGGGAUUGGCCAGGUUGGUCAAUCUGUGUCGAGAUAUCAAAGCCGUUUAUGCGCCUGGUGCGAUUGUAGUUAUUGUCACGGAUGGAAUCUGCUAUAAUGACCUGACUGGAAUCCCAGAUGAAGAAGUCUGGGAUUAUGGAAAUCGACUGCGGAAAAUUGCUGUCGAGAAAGGAUACGCUUGUAUUCAGUUCCACCGCAUUAUGAACAUGCUAGAUCUUUAUUCUGGUGCUCAGAUCUCCAAGGAUGAAUAUGUAAAGCUUGCCAACAUGUCGAGAAAUGAGAUUCAUCGGAGAUGCGGACGACCUGGAUUUGACGUUGAUAAGUUCUUGAAGAGCGAUGAGGAUUACUUGCGGACAUACAAUGGAUAUGACAAGUUCAUGAAAGUCGAUCUUAAAUUCAGCCCUGUGACUAAGGACUGUGCCGGUCCGAAGCAAUAUAAAAAGAGAAUAAAAUCAAUUGCCAAGAAAAUGAUAGUUCGCGGCGUGGAGUAUGCGGAGCUUGUGCGCCAGAUCUACCCAGAUUCACUACGGCUGUCGAUUCACCCUUCUUCCGGACAGACGAAGCUAUCCUGCCCUCUGAUUCCGCAGAAGGAUUCAUUCUCAAUGAGUCCAUGGCAUUGUAGUGUUGCGGUGCUGGUGGAUGGGAAGUUCAUCACGGCACACAAGUCUUCUCAUCGGCAGAAAUUUGACCUCAUUGAAAAGAGUGGUCAGCCAUACUUCUUCCGCGAGAGCUCUCCCCUCUUCGAAUGGGAUGCGAUGGUGGACUUUGAACAUUUUUAUGGGCAAAAUUUGGUGGUCCGGGUUCAGAAGAAUUGGGAAGAGCCUUCUGACUCGGACUUGGACAAGUUGGCGCUUUUAGCUAUUCAGCACAGGAGUGUGACAUUCAUGUCUGACUAG